CCUUUGAUUACGCUUGUCCGCCAUUUUGAGCCGUGCGAGGGUGUCAUUUCUCUCCAAUCUGAGGCGAUUUCCAACUUACUUCGACUCUAAACCUACUCUGGGCAGUUUUAAAAGAUAGAAAAUUAUGGACCGGAGAAGCUGUGAGAUUCCUGCGGACGAGCUGCCAACUGUGCACCCUGGGAACGGGACAAGCAGCAGCGAGGACCCGGCAAGAGACACGGGAGGACAGCAGGACAAGGAAGAGGACAUUCUAUCGGAGGAAACGCACGGGGUAAACUCUGUCCAUCCUCCCGUACAGAGUCAAACAGAGCAGACGGACUGGCCUGUGGUGAAAGGUACUGUGGACAAACGUUUCAAAUGUGACCGGUGCGACUAUUCUACUGCACGGAAAGACCAUUUCGAAAAACGCAUGGCUAAACACACUGGUGAAAAACCCUACAUGUGCGAGGAGUGCGGAUACAGGACAGCUGAUAGGUCCCAUCUAACUGUACAUAUGAGAAGACAUACAGGUGAGAAACCCUACAUAUGUGAUCAGUGCGACUAUUCUGCUGCACGGAAAGACGAUUUAGACCGACACAUGGCUAAACAUACCGGAGACAAACCCCACAUGUGUGGGGAGUGCGGUUUUAGGACGGCUGACAGGUCUAGCCUAUCCAAGCAUAUGAAAAAGCAUACAGGAGAAAAACACUACAAGUGUGACCGGUGUGACUAUUCUGCUGCACAAAAAGGCGAUUUAGACAAACACAUGGCUAAACACACUGGAGACAAACCCUACAUGUGUGGGGAGUGUGGAUACAGGACAGCUGAUAGGUCCCAUCUAACUGUACAUAUGAGAAAACAUACAGGUGAGAAACCCUACAAAUGCUAA